CGGAAGUAGAUGGGCGUGACUUAGGCUUCACUUUCAACAACGGAAGUGGACGGAGCCCCGUCAUCCAUGUUUGUUUAUGUUUGCCGUUCUAUCGAAAAUUACAGAUGUGAAUAUUUGUGGAAAAGCGGUCUCGUGCCCACGUAACCAUGGACGACGCCAUCUUUGACCUCUAUGUCCCUGUUCUCCUGGGGACGGUGAUUUCAGUAACCGCCGCCUUCAUGGCGCUAACCUGGUUUCGCUUCAACCUCUUUGACAACCCGGUGAUCUUUAGCAGCAGUGACCAGCCCACCACACAGACUCCGGAGAAACCGAUGGUUCAGGUUACCAAUCCAUUUGCUUUGGAGCUUGGUUCUGGGUCAGCAUGUGUCGCAGAUGGUGUGUCAGUGAAGCUCAGCUGCCUGCAGCCAUGUGUCCUGACUUGUUUCUGGGGCUGUGAAGUCGGUGCCCUGCAGGGGGCGCUGCAGACCCAACAACGUGACCCGAGGCUUAGAAGCCCACACCAUCUCCUGGAUGCGCUGCAGCUUCACUGCCGCUAUUGUGAGAGUUUCCAUGUGAGCAGCAGAGAUGGAGAGGAACACAGAACCUGUGUCCCUGCCUACCUCGGGGUCACAGACUUUGGACCUCUGCCCAGGCACCAUUACCCCCUUGUGGCUGUCCUGACUCUGGCUGAACCAGCAGACAGAGACCGAUAUAACAUUGUGGCAAAUGCGGCUGUUAUUCACGUGCCUGAUGAAAAACACAAUCUUUCCUCCCGGAUACUCUUCCAGUACCUCCUCACCUCACAAGGACACACGUAUGAGUUAAAGCCUCUCUUCAUGUCAGCUGUUGGUGGGGACACGUCUGGUCCAGAACUGAGGAGGGAGGACAACGGCAGGACAGGGGAUGGCCUGGAGGGGACGAGCAGCGACUGUGUGGUUUGUCAGAAUGCAGCUAUAAACCGGGUUCUGCUGCCCUGCAGACACACCUGUGUGUGUGACACCUGUGUGGACCACAUCCAGCACUGUCCCAUAUGUAGAGCCUUCGUCCUCGAGUCCUUUGUCUUGGAUCCGGCCGCCGCGUACUGAUACUGAAUCCCACACAGGGUUAGUGUCCUACAGAUCGACGUGUAGGAGGUGGUCUGUGGACACAAGAACUGAACAAUCAGGGUCCUCCAGUCAGAUUCAAGUGUCCGAGUCCCAAGGGUGAAACGGAAAUAAUUUCUGUGUAAGAAUUAGGACGAGGAGUUUCCGUCCAAGUCCUAGAUUCAGUGACUGGUCAGAGAUAAAAUACUUGACCCGACUGUUUACUCUGCUGAUUCAGCACUAUGGAUCACUAACACUUGGUCCUUAGGACAAAACUCAGACUUCACUGUUAAACCAUGUCUGUGACGGGAUGCUAUCAAAGUCCUGGCCUUGUGCUAGUAGCUGACCCACCAUGGAGCCCGUGUCACAAACACGUCAACAUCAAAAGCCUCUCCUGCAUGUUAAGAAUGGGUUUGCAGUAGUGAGAUGUUCAGUUUGUCCUGCAGCAGUCACUCAAGUAGGACAACUGCUUUAACGUUAUAUUUUAUACGUAGUAGUUUCACUAUAAAUAAAUAAUAAACCUUUUACUGUUUAAAUUGGGUAUAUAGUUGUUAAAUUAAAUAUAUAAGUGAGUUACUACCCGCUAGCCACCGAAGCUGCAACUACUAAGCAACUAACCAACCAUAGAUAACUUAGGAUCUAAAAAAACAUUUUCAAUUAGUUCACUUACUUUUAAACUUAAAAUUAGCCCUGAAGUAGCUGCCGGCUUCUGAUCCCCCGUCCUUUUGAAAAUACUGCGGUGUAUUCUGGGUAAUUAUUGACCAAGGCUAGGCUACAAGACCCCUCCCGUGUAUCCUUGCCCAGCUAGCUAAACGGCUAACAAAUGGAGAACACAUGCCUCGGUAGAACAUGAACAUUGGAACACGUCUUGGCAGCUCCUGAUGACGUAUCUCCUAGGCAACCGGGGCGGGGCCAAGACAUCAAGACGAGGUUCCUUGGCAUUGAGAAACGCCCUAAGUCUCUGGGCAAUGCCAUGUUUCCUUCUACGGGAGCCUUUGAGGACAAAAUGCAUUUACUGAUUUGUAACAAAUACAUUAAUAAACGUUUUACACAUUUA